GCCUUGCUUGCCUUGCCCGAGAGGGGGAAAUAAACCCCUCCUGUCUGUGUGUCUGGCUGACAGGCGGCUCCGCCGAGUCUGCUCCGCGUUGUGGCGGAGGCCGGAGGGGAAGCGCGGCGGAGCAGAGCGAAGUCCGGCCCUGGCCUUUGUGGGGAGGUCGCGCUGCGCUGUCAGGAAGCUAAUCAGUUUCAAGAAGACAGCAAUGGAACGAUUUGAUGUGAAACCACCUCCCUCUCGCAGCCGUUCCAAGACUGCUUUGUACGUGACUCCUCAGGAUCGUGUAACUGAAUUUGGCAGUGAACUGUACGAAGAUGGAGGGAAACUGUACUGCACUUUCUGCAAUGUGGUGCUGAAUCAUGUUCGCAAGUCUGCCAUCAAUGACCAUCUCAAAUCCAAAACUCAUACCAAGCGCAAGGGGGAGUUUGAAGAGCAAAGUGCCAGGAAGAAACCACGGACUCUGACUGCCUCUCUGCAGUGCAACAGUGCAGCCCAGACAGAGAAACCCAAUGUCAUCCAGGACUUUGUAAAAAUGUUUCUGGAAGCUAACAUUCCUCUUGAGAAGGCUGACCAUCCAGCUGUGCGAGCCUUCCUCUCUCGCCAUGUGAAGAAUGGGAACUCCAUACCCAAGUCAGACCAACUAAGGAAAGCUUACUUGCCUGAUGGCUAUACAAAUCAACUUCUCAAGUCUGAAGACCACUGAAGGGAAGACUACUUGGUUGUGGAUGUGGAGUAUUAAAGUUGCCUAGCAGUGGUGUGGCUUAUUUUUACAUUCAUGCACAUGCAAUGUUAUGUCACGGAUUUUGUAUUGUAGAAAUGACAAUCUGUUACAAAAUGCAAUGAUGUAAAAAGAAAACCAGCCCUAGUUUGUUUGGAUCUAAAACGCCAUUGAAAUCCACGGAGUUUGGAAUGGUAGUAAGGUGCAGGUUGCUGAGUAACAGAGCAGAGUUAGAGCCUUUUAUGUCCAUUGAAGUCAAUGCAAUGAACUUAGAAAAGUGUAAUUCUGCACUGUAGGUCCCGUCCUACAUUAUAUGAUAACUGAAAAGGAACACACUAUGGCCACUUUGAUGUCCAGUGCAAAUGCUAGUUCCAUUAGUGAAAACAGUUGUGCAAAAUUAAUCUUCUGGCUGAUUCUGUUUUAUUCAUUUAUAUCCAGGAAACAAAAUUUAUCAACGUUGAACACUUGUAUGGCUAGUGAGACGUUCAGUAAUAGGGAUGUGAAGCUAGAGUAUAGCAUCCCCAUUUGGAUGGACAUUUAGCCAGAAUCCUGGUGAAUAUGUUUCAGGGAGUACCCAAUUUAUACCAAUUGUUCCUAAAAGCAGUUAAUACUAUUUGUGCAGUGUCCAUGGACAUAAGCUAAUGGAGCAGGAAAGUGGAAAAUCAGAGCAACCAAGGGACAAAAGUGAAAGAACUUUCCAAUGUUGUAAAAUUAGAGGAGAGUUAUGCAGUGCAUUGCCAGUAGAUGGCAGUGUUUUGCAUAUAAUGCGACAGUAUUUCAGUGUAAGCCUGAGUUUGGGUAUCCAGAAGUUCCACUGAGGUUAAUGAGAUUUAUUCCCUAGUGAAUGUGUUAAGGAUUACAGCCAUGUCUUACACCGGUUAUCUCCCCAAGUUCAACUUCACAAUUGUCUCAUAUAACUGGAUUAUGUUAUCCAUUUGAAUACCUACUUUUCUUGAACAUUUCUUAGCUUGUAAUAUGAUUUCUCAACAUGGCAGAUCUUUUUUCUAGUAUAAAAUUUGUUCCAGUUUUGCUGCUAGCUGUGAAAGCUAUGAAUAUUAUGAAAAUAUUUGUUGCUUUCUAAACAAAAAGGGUAUGAGCCAACUAGUUGGUUCUUUUGAAGGUUCCCACUUAUUUGAAUAGAAAAGUUAAUGCACUGGUAGAACCAGCAAGCUUUUUAAAGAAUUUCUUAGUUUUGGCUAGAUUGUGUUCCAGAUAUUUUUUUAAAAAAAACUCCAGAAAACUCAGUGGUAUUACAAAGAAAACAGUGGUUUGUUCCUUUUCCUAUUUCUCCCCUCUUUUUAGGGACUACGACAUGGUAUGGUAGCAAGAAAAGUUUAAGGAAUAUACAAGCUAGUGACAAUUUUUUUUCCAAAGCUUUCAGUAGAACUUUGUAUUGUAGGAUAAAGCCCACAGUCAGGAGACAGUUUGUUUUCUAAAUAUAUAUGUAUAUUAUUUGUUUUUAAAACAAUUUUUAAUGUUUUUGGUGAGAAAUUUAUAUAAAAAGAAUGAAAGCAUUUGUUUCAGACUUCUGGUGGUUAUUGGAAGAGCUUGUGUGUCUUCCUCAAGGCAGCCAUUUUCUUUUUUUUCUUCCGUGAAGUUUUCCACCGCUGUCUCCCCCUCCCCCGCCACCACCAAUUAGACCAAGUAUUGCUAAUUUUUCAUAAACAGCUUGAAGAAAAAUAUGCCCCCCCCCCUUCCAGCCUUGACACAAACAAAAUAAUCUGCUGGCCCACAGUAAUGUUUGGCUCAGGCUUAAGACAACCACACACAGGUUCUCAUGCACUGAGAAUCUGUUAUACAACACUAGUGUAAUAUUUAUAACAACAUGAUUCUCUUUAAGAGCUAUUGCAGUGACAUGGCAGCCUUGUAUGUGGGCAAGACAAUAUGAGUGUUUAAGAUUAGGUGAGAUCAUGUUAUUUACAAUCAAGAAAGUACAUGGUAAUAAACUAGUAUUAGAAAUUUCCUGCUUUCAUUCAUCGUGUGUACUUGUUCUUUUAGUUUUGCAACUAUUUUAUUUAGAAAAAGAAUAUGGCUCAGUCUUCUACCUUGGUAGAUGUAGGAAUGGAUAGGACGGGUAAAUGUCUCCUACCAAUCUUUUGUUUGUUAAUGUUUCCUUCUAAUCUUUUUUUUUUGGCUAACACCAUCUCUUGUGUGUUGGCUUGAACAUAAUGCAUUGCCAUCACAGCUGUACUUUGUAUUUUCCUUGUCCUAUAUGAUGUCUAAUAUCUGGAAACUGUCUGUGUAUAAGGCAAUGGUAAAACUAGUGCAAUGAGAAUGCAUAUAUAUCACUGGGAACAUUUCUUUUGUAUUUCUUUCCUGUUUUCAUUCCUUAGGGGAGCCUCAUAUAUGACCACUGAAAUGUCAGUAGAUGGCUGUGCAUAAGAAAGAGGUGGUGGGGAGUGAUGUUGCUCUGUAAGUUUGUGAAAUCAAUGUAUUCCACAUAUAUCUUCCUAAAAAGCUUCCAUUUAGCAAUGUUAUGCCAUAAAUGUAAAAAGAAGAUUAGAUGGUAUACAGUCUACAGGAAUGGGUCCUUCAAGAUAUAUAUGCCAUUGACCAUGUGUGAUUAGUAUAAAUCAUGAAAAGAAAAUACGGGCCAUUUACACUUGGGACUUCUCAUCGCACCAAGCUUACCUGGGAAUAUUUUCAUUUAUGUAGCAGUAUUGGAACAUUAUCUGGGUUAGAUUUUCAUUUACGCAACUGUCUCCACACCACUAUGCCAUGGGUCAAUGAAAGGUUUUCCAGUCCAGGCAAACAGCAAUUUUUUCUCAGCUUUGCUAGGAAUGUGAAUCAGAAAGAGUGUGCCAUGCCUGCCUCAGGUUAUGUUUUCUUCUCCCAUGCCAUAAAUGGGAUCAUUCCUCCAUUUUGUCUGCCUUCUCUCCACCUACUUCACUCCCUCCUCCCCUUCAAUUUUUGUACAUAAGUAAUCAUUCGGUACACCUCCAUUGUUUUCCCUCUAGACUCCUCAGUUGCAUUUAUUCCAUACGCUACUGCUGAAAGCAAUUCUUCUCAUCAACCAUUUCCCCCUAUUCUGUUUUUUUAAAGGAUUUCACCCGCUUUUUUCCUUAGUGGACUAACAUUAGGGCAAAAUAACAAGUCAGGCUCAUUCAAGUUCACCUAAUAUUUGCAAGUGAAACUGAAGGCAAAAGAUACAUUGUUACUACAAAUACAAUGUAUCUUUGCCGCAGAGUUUCACUUGCAAAUACUACCUGAAAUUGGAAAAAGAGCACACAAUCAACCUGGGCUGCGUUAUUUUGCCCUGAAGUUAGUUCACUAAUGCAAAAGUGGAAAAAAUCCUUUCAAAAAUCAAGGGGAGGGGGGAAUAACUGAUGGGAAGAAGCUGCAGCAGAUUCAGGGUUUUAAAAAAAUGGGAAUAGGACGUUUAAAAUUCAAAGCUCAUUCUGUGGGGGGAAAUCCUUUGGAUCAAUUGGUGAGCUGUAAGUGCAUAAAUGGCUAUGGUAAAGUUAAGGAAAUUUGCUUGAUGCCCAUUGAAAAAGAAAUUGCUAUAUCGGACAUAAAGAGUCAAACAGUUGGGGAAGCCAGAACUUUUUAAACGUAUGGACAAUAUAAUGACACAUUUAAUAUGUUCAUGUCGUCUGUGUUUGUAAAUUUUGCACUGGAACAAGUAAAUGAUUGUAACCUAACCAAUGGAAUAUAAUUUAAUGUUUUAUAGAUUGGUCUUGAUUAGCUGUUAAAACAUAAUGCCACUUUGUGACUAGACUAAACAUGGACUUAUUUGGGAAUAAAUUCUGUUGAAUACAGUUGGAAUUGCUUCCAGAUCAACAUAGCAAAGAUUUAAAACAAGGACUUCUAUUUGUUAAUGCUAAUUUAUUUGUUAACAUCUCAAACAAACUAUCCAGAGUUUAUUGGGAGUAAUAGGAAGUAUUUUUCAAAGAAUUUUUUUGUAAAUUUCUGUAGUUUAAAUUUUUUGGGAGGGUUACAAUUGAUUGAAAAAGCUUUAGAUCCAACCAAACGCAAUGGUUUUCAGCAGAUGGGG